AUGUCCUCCUCCUCCCUCACCCAAGCGCAAGCGCACGAAACAAUCAACCGCCUCAUCACAAACCUCGUCAACAUCCAAGACACAACGGGCAAAUUCCUCCUCCGCCUCGAAGAUGGUCGCGUCAUCGACACAAAGUCCUGGGCGGGCUGGGAGUGGACGCACGGAAUCGGGCUCUACGGAAUCUGGAAGUACUACGAGCUCACGGGCGACGCGAAGCUGCUCGCCAUUAUCGAGGACUGGUUUGCCGCCCGCUUCAGCGAGGGAACCACCAAGAACAUCAACACCAUGGCCGUCUUCCUGACCCUCGCCUACGUCUACGAGAAGACGGGUAACAUCACCUACCUCCCCUGGCUGGAUUCCUGGGCCGAGUGGGCGAUGCACGAACUGCCCCGGACGCGGUUCGGGGGCAUGGCGCACAUUACGUAUUUAACCGAGAAUCACCAUCACCAGCAGUUGUGGGAUGAUACGUUGAUGAUGACGGUGAUGCCGCUGGCCAAGAUUGGGAAGCUGCUGAAUCGCCCCGAGUACGUUGCCGAGGCGAAGCGACAGUUCCUCAUCCACAUCAAGUACCUGUUUGACACCAAGACGGGGCUGUGGUUCCACGGGUGGGAGUUCAACGCCGACGAUAAUGGAGGCCACAAUUUUGCGAAUGCGCGCUGGGCGCGGGGUAACUCGUGGGUUACCAUCGUCAUCCCCGAAUUCAUCGAACUCCUCGAUCUCCAGCCCGACGACCCGAUCCGCAUCCAUCUGAUUGAUACCCUCGUCGCACAGGUUGAAGCGUUGAAGCGGCUGCAGCAAGACAGUGGCCUCUGGCGGACGCUGCUGGACGAAGAGUCGUACGUGGAGAGUUCGGCGACAGCGGGCUUUGCGUGGGGGAUCCUGAAAGCUGUACGAAAACGCUACAUUAGCGCGGAAUACAAGCCGGUCGCGGAAAAGGCAAUCACCGCUGUAGUGGGCAUGGUGGACAAGGAUGGUGAACUGCAGAAUACCAGUUUUGGAACGGGCAUGGGCGACUCGCUCGAUUUCUACCGACAGAUUCCGCUGACGAGUAUGCCAUAUGGCCAGGCGAUGGCCCAGGGCGCCCUGGCCGAGUGGCUGCGGGGGACUUUGUAA